CGUGGGAGCCGGAGCCGGCGGGCCGGGGGCGGCGCGCUCCAGCCGGGGCCGAGCGCCGUGCCGGGGCCGCGUUGACCGCGCCGCUCGGGCGAUGCCCGUGGGGACGCCGCCGGCCGCCGGAGCGAGGUGCUGUCCGCCGCCACCAUGACCGAGGGCGCGCUGGCGGCCGACGAGGUCCGAGUGGCCCUGGGCGCGCCGGCCCCCGGCCCUGCAGCGGCGGCGGCGGCGGGGGCGGCCCCGGAGAGCCCUGGGGCGCCGGGGCGAGCGACGGAGCAGGGGUCCGGGCCCAGCGCGUCGCCCCCCGAGAGCCCGGCGGCCGAGCGCGGCGCGGAGCUGGGCGCCGACGAGGAGCAGCCCGUCCCGUACCCGGCGCUGGCGGCCACCGUCUUCUUCUGCCUCGGGCAGACCACGCGGCCGCGCAGCUGGUGUCUCCGGCUGGUCUGUAACCCGUGGUUCGAGCACGUCAGCAUGCUGGUCAUCAUGCUCAACUGCGUGACCCUGGGCAUGUUCCGGCCCUGCGAGGACCUGGAGUGCCGCUCCGAGCGCUGCAGCACCCUGGAGGCCUUCGACGCCUUCAUCUUCGCCUUCUUCGCGGUGGAGAUGGUCAUCAAGAUGACCGCCCUGGGACUGUUCGGGCAGAGGUGCUACCUGGGCGACACUUGGAACAGGCUGGACUUCUUCAUCGUUGUGGCAGGCAUGAUGGAGUACUCUCUGGACGGACACAACGUGAGCCUGUCGGCCAUCCGGACAGUGCGCGUGCUGCGGCCCCUCCGCGCCAUCAACCGUGUGCCCAGCAUGCGGAUCCUGGUCACCCUGCUGCUGGACACGCUGCCCAUGCUGGGGAACGUCCUUCUGCUCUGCUUCUUCGUCUUCUUCAUCUUCGGCAUUGUGGGCGUCCAGCUCUGGGCAGGCCUGCUGCGCAACCGCUGCUUCCUGGACAGCGCCUUCGUCAGGAACAACAACCUCAGCUUCCUGCGGCCGUACUACCAGACGGAAGCAGGCGAGGAGAACCCCUUCAUCUGCUCGGCGCGCCGGGACAACGGCAUGCAGAAGUGCUCGCACAUCCCCAGCCGCCGCGAGCUCCGCGUGGAGUGCACGCUGGGCUGGGAGGCCCUCGGGCAGCCGCAGGCCGAGGGCGCGGGCGGCGGCCGCAACGCCUGCAUCAACUGGAACCAGUACUACAACGUGUGCCGCGCCGGCGGCUCCAACCCACACAACGGCGCCAUCAACUUCGACAACAUCGGCUACGCCUGGAUUGCCAUCUUCCAGGUGAUCACGCUGGAGGGCUGGGUGGACAUCAUGUACUACGUCAUGGACGCGCACUCCUUCUACAACUUCAUCUACUUCAUCUUGCUCAUCAUCGUGGGCUCCUUCUUCAUGAUCAACCUGUGCCUGGUGGUGAUCGCCACGCAGUUCUCGGAGACAAAGCAGCGGGAGAGCCGGCUCAUGAGGGAGCAGCGCGCCCGCUGCCUGUCCGACGCCAGCACCCUGGCCAGCUUCUCAGAGCCAGGCAGCUGCUACGAGGAGCUGCUCAAGUACGUGGGUCACAUCUGCCGCAAGGCCAAGCGGCGUGCUCUGCGCCUCUAUGCACGCUGGCAGAGCCGCUGGUGCAAGAAGGUGGACCCCAGCAGCACCCUGCACGGCCAGGGGCCUGGGCGGCGGCCACAGCGGGCAGGACGGCGGGCAGCGGCCUCUGUCCACCACCUGGUCUACCACCACCACCACCACCACCACCACCACUACCACUUCAGCCAUGGCAGCCCACGCCGGCCUGGCCCCGAGCCGGGCGCUGGAGACACCAGGCUGGUGCGGGCCGGAGCGCUGCCCUCGCCACCCCUGCCAGGACGUAGGCCACCUGACACGGAGUCCGUGCACAGCGUGUACCACGCAGACUGCCAUGUGGAGGGGCCACAGGAGAGGGCCCGGGUGGCACAUGCCGCGGCUGCCACUGCUGCUGGCCUGAAGCUGGCCACGGGGCUGGGUGCCAUGAACUACCCUACCAUCCUGCCCUCGGCAGUGGGCAUUAGCAAAGACAGCACCAGCCCUGGGCCCAAGAGGAAGUGGGGCAGUGAGCCAGUGGGCACUGGGGGGCACAGUCCCCUGAGCCUGAGCAGCCCCAACCCCUGUGAGAAGAUCCAGCACUUGGUGGGAGAACAUGGACUGGGCCGGGCACCCAGCCGCCUGUCGGGCCUGAGCGUGCCCUGCCCCCUGCCCAGCCCCCAGGCGGGCACUCUGACCUGUGAGCUGAGGAACUGCCCGUACUGCGCCAGUGCCUUGGAGGACCCCAAGUUUGAGCUCAGCGACUCAGAGAGCGGGGACUCAGAUGGCCAUGUCGUCUACGAGUUCACGCGGGACGUGCAACACGGAGACCACCGCGACCCCGCGCAGCCGCCGCCCGCAGCAGACAUGCCAGGCCGGGCCGGUGCGAGGCGGCAGGCGCGGCGGCAGGCAGCCUCGGGCGAGCGGGGCGGGCUGGGCCGUGUCUGGGCCACCGUCAGCGGAGAGCUGCGCCGGGUCGUGGGGAGCAAGUACUUUAGCCGCGGCAUCAUGGCAGCCAUCCUGACCAACACGCUGAGCAUGGGCGUUGAGCACCAUGAGCAGCCUGACGGGCUGACGAACGCCCUGGAGGUCAGCAACAUCGUGUUCACCAGCGUGUUCUCCCUGGAGAUGCUGCUCAAGCUGCUGGCCUGCGGCCCGCUGGGCUACGUCCGCAGCCCUUACAACAUCUUUGACGGCGUCAUCGUGGUCAUCAGCGUCUGGGAGAUCAUCGGGCAGGCGGACGGCGGCCUGUCGGUGCUGCGGACCUUCCGGCUGCUGCGGGUGCUGAAGUUGGUGCGCUUCAUGCCUGCGCUGCGGCGCCAGCUCGUGGUUCUCGUGAAGACCAUGGACAACGUGGCCACCUUCUGCAUGCUGCUCAUGCUCUUCAUCUUCAUCUUCAGCCUGCCUCUUGCCCUCAGCAUCCUGGGCAUGCACCUCUUUGGCUGCAAGUUCAGCCUGAAGACUGACACCGGAGACACAGUCCCUGACAGGAAGAACUUUGAUUCUCUGUUGUGGGCCAUUGUCACUGUAUUCCAGAUCCUCACCCAGGAGGACUGGAAUGUUGUCCUCUACAACGGCAUGGCCUCUACCUCCUCCUGGGCCGCCCUCUACUUCGUGGCCCUGAUGACCUUCGGCAACUAUGUGCUAUUCAACCUGCUGGUGGCCAUCCUGGUGGAGGGCUUCCAGGCGGAGGGUGAUGCCAACAGAUCAGACUCUGAUGAAGACAAGACGUCCACCCGCCUGGAGGAGGACUUUGAGAAGUGCAGAGACCUGCAGGCCACAGAUGCGUGUUCAGAGAUGAAGAUGUGCUCACUGGCUGUGACCCCCAACGGGCACCUGGAAGGCCAAGGCAGCCUGCCCCCACCCCUCAUCAUGCGUACGGCGGCCACGCCCAUGCCCACACCCAAGAGCUCCCCACACCUCGACUCAGCCCAGGGCCUCCUGGACUCACGUCCUGGCAGCGGCAGCUCUGCGGACCCCCAGCUGGGAGACCAGAAGUCUCUGUCCAGCCUCCGCAGCUCGCCCUGUGCCCACUGGGGCCCCAACAGCGCCUGGAGCAGCCGGCGCUCCAGCUGGAACAGCGUGGGCCGCGCGCCCAGCCUCAAGCGCCGCAGCCAGUGCGGAGAGCGGGAGUCCCUGCUGUCCGGCGAGGGCAAGGGCAGCACAGACGAGGAGGCGGAGGACGGCAGGCCCCGGGCAGGGCGCGCCGAGUCCCUGGACCACCGCAGCACGCUGGACCUGCGGCCCCCUCGGCCGGCCGCCCUGGUGCCUGCCAAGCUCCACGACUGCAACGGACAAGUGCCGGCCCUGCCCGGCGAGUUCUUCCUGCGGAUCGACAGCCACAGGGACGCGGCUGAGUUCGAUGACGACGUGGAGGACAGCUGCUGUUCACGCCUGCGCAAGGUGCUGGAGCCCUACAAGCCAGAAUGGUGUCAGAGGCGAGAGCCCUGGGCGCUGUACCUCUUCUCCCCGCAGAACAGGUUCCGCAUCUCCUGCCAUAAGAUCAUUGCACACAAGAUGUUUGAUCACGUCGUCCUGGUCUUCAUUUUUCUGAACUGCAUCACCAUCGCCCUGGAGCGGCCGGACAUCGGCCCCGGCAGCACCGAGCGUGUCUUCCUCAGCGUCUCCAACUACAUCUUCACGGCGAUCUUCGUGGCCGAGAUGAUGGUGAAGGUGGUGGCCCUGGGCCUGGUCUCGGGUGAACACGCCUACCUGCAGAGCAGCUGGAACGUGCUGGACGGGCUGCUGGUCCUGGUGUCCCUGGUCGACAUCAUCGUGGCCAUGGCCUCCGCAGGUGGCGCCAAGAUCCUGGGCAUCCUGCGCGUGCUGCGCCUGCUGCGCACACUUCGGCCGCUGAGGGUCAUCAGCCGCGCCCCGGGCCUCAAGCUGGUGGUGGAGACUCUGAUCUCAUCCCUCAGGCCCAUCGGAAACAUCGUCCUCAUUUGCUGUGCCUUCUUCGUCAUCUUCGGCAUCCUGGGGGUGCAGCUCUUCAAGGGCAAGUUCCACUACUGCGAGGGCGCCGACACCAGGAACAUCUCCACCAGGGCCGAGUGCCGGGCCGCGCGCUACCGCUGGGUGCGGCGCAAGUACAACUUCGACAACCUAGGCCAGGCGCUGAUGUCGCUGUUCGUGCUGUCCUCUAAGGAUGGCUGGGUGAACAUCAUGUACGACGGGCUGGACGCCGUGGGCAUAGACCAGCAGCCCGAGCCCAACCACAACCCCUGGAUGCUGCUAUACUUCAUCUCCUUCCUGCUCAUCGUCAGCUUCUUCGUGCUCAACAUGUUCGUGGGCGUGGUGGUGGAGAACUUCCACAAGUGCCGGCAGCACCAGGAGGCAGAGGAGGCGCGGCGGCGUGAGGAGAAGCGGCUGCGGCGCCUGGAGCGCAAACGCAGGAGCACGUUCCCCAACCCAGAGGCCCAGCGCCGGCCCUACUACGCCGACUACUCGCCCCCCCGCCGCUCCAUCCACUCGCUGUGCACCAGCCACUACCUUGACCUCUUCAUCACCUUCAUCAUCGGGGUCAACGUCAUCACCAUGUCCGUGGAGCACUACAACCAGCCCAAGUCGCUGGACGAGGCUCUCAAGUACUGCAACUACGUGUUCACCAUCGUCUUCGUCUUUGAGGCCGUGUUGAAGCUGGUGGCGUUUGGGAUCCGGAGAUUCUUCAAGGACAGGUGGAACCAGCUAGACCUGGCCAUCGUCCUGCUGUCCAUCAUGGGCAUCACGCUGGAGGAGAUCGAGGUGAACGCCGCCCUGCCUAUCAACCCCACCAUCAUACGCAUCAUGCGCGUGCUCCGCAUCGCUCGCGUGCUCAAGCUGCUGAAGAUGGCCACGGGCAUGCGCGCCUUACUGGACACGGUGGUUCAGGCGCUGCCCCAGGUAGGGAACCUCGGGCUCCUUUUCAUGCUCCUGUUUUUUAUCUAUGCUGCCCUGGGAGUGGAGCUCUUCGGGCGGCUGGAGUGCAGCGAGGACAACCCCUGCGAGGGCCUGAGCAGGCAUGCCACCUUCUCCAACUUCGGCAUGGCCUUCCUCACGCUGUUCCGCGUGUCCACGGGCGACAACUGGAACGGCAUCAUGAAGGACACGCUGCGGGAGUGCGCCCUGGAGGACAAGCACUGCCUCGGCUACCUGCCAGCCAUAUCGCCCCUGUACUUCGUCACCUUCGUGCUGGUGGCCCAGUUCGUGCUGGUCAACGUGGUGGUGGCCGUGCUCAUGAAGCACCUGGAGGAGACCAACAAGGAGGCCCGCGAGGACGCCGAGCUGGACGCCGAGCUCGAGCUGGAGGCGGCCCAGGGGCCCCCCACCCGCCCCGCGCCCACGGCCCAGCAGAGCCCAGGCACCCCCGGUCUCCUGGUCGUGCGCAAGGCAUCUGUGUGCAGGGUGCUCUCGCUGCCCAACGACAGCUACAUGUUCCGGCCUGUGACCCCUGCCUCGGCCCCUCAGCCCCGCCUGCCACAGGAGGUGGAGAUGGACACCUACCUGGGCACCGCAGACCCCGACCCGGCUGCCUCUGAGCUCUCGCCGCCUGUGGACUCCUGCGCAUCCCUCCAGGUCCCGAUAGCUGCAUCCACCCCAGCCAGGGGCAGCGACACCCUCCAUGCCCUGCCCCCUCGGGCUGCAGCCUGCUCCCCCAGCCUCAGCCGGCUGCUCCGCAGACAGGAGGCCACGCACGCCGACUCCGUGGAAGGGCAAACUGAUGGCCCUGGGGACAGUGGCCCGGACUGGGGGGAACCCGGCGGGAAGACGCCCCCCCGGCAGGCAUCCCUGGGGACCUCACCGCGGCCCACCAGAGUCCUGACCCACAAGCACGCCUUUGGACAGCACUGUGCCUCCAGCCGGCCGCCGGCCCCGGGUGGGGAGGAGGCUGAGGCCCCAGACCCGGCAGACGAGGAGGUCAGCCACAUCACCAGCUCGGCCUCGCCUGCUGCCCACGGGGUGUCGGGCGCAGAGCCAGACCUGCGUGGCUUCUAUGGUGCCGACGCCCAGGGCUUCCUGGGUCGGCCGGGCUGGGCGGAUGAACAGAGGCAGCCCUCGGUGGAGCAGGGCGGAGGCUGCCCGGAGGCCGGGGAGCGGAAGGCCCGGGCCUCGGAGGCGGAGCCAGCCCUGGGGGCACGCAGGAAGAAGAAGAUGAGCCCCCCCUGCAUCUCCAUAGACCCCCCCACCGAGGACGAGGGUGCAGCCCGGCCCCCUGUGUCCGAGGGCUGCAGCACCACGCUGCGGCGGAGAACCCCGUCCUGCGAGGCCCCGCCACACAGGGACGCCCCGGAGCUGGUGGACGCGGCAGGAGGGGACCCUGCGGCCAAGGGGGAGCGGCGGAGCCAGGCCCCCUGCCGCACAGAGCACCUGACCGUGCCCAGCUUUGCAUUUGAGCCGCUGGACGUGGGGGGCCCCAGUGGGGACCUGUUCUUGGACAGCAGCCGUGGUGUGGCCCCAGAACCCAGAGCUUCCUCCUCAGAGACCGGGGCACCUCCUGAAUCCCACAAAACGGAGUCUCUCAUGUCCUCUGGCAACCCGCUAGAGAAGGGGCAGGGGCUGCACCUCAAAGUCCCUCAGAGUCCCCCAGAGAAAGCAGGGUGCUCCCCAGCCACCCUCACCCCAGGGGACAGUGUAGAUGGGCCCGUGUAGCUCAGGGCACAAUGCCACGUAGGCUUUGCCACCGGACUUGGGGUGUUCCCAGCAGGUGGUGGCCCCCGCAGGCCACGCGUGGACCCUGGUCUGGGUUCCCGACAGGCAGAGGGGCCCAGGCAGGCAUCAGCUUCAGAGAGGGAGGCAGCCUCCGGUUCUGAGCAGAGUGACCCCCUGCCUGGGGCCUCUGUCCAGCGGGUCCAGGUUUGGGGGUCCCCCCAGGGCAUGCAGGCGGCCCGGCCAGCUGCCCUGUAGGAGAGUACUGCGUCCGCGGGGCAAGGAGCAGAACACGGCCAAGAGGGGGAAGGCAAGCUGUCUGGCAGAGCCCGGCCUCACGUCGUCCACUUAUGUUUAUAGGGAUCGCGCUCGGGGCCACCGUGUCCUAAGGGUGGUGCCGAGGGCCCCAGCCGCGCUUCACCACCACUCACAGUCUGAGUCCUUGUCCGUUUGUCUCCACCCCUCGUCACUGUCUCUGUCCCCCACACACACACCGCUCCCCACCAUUCUGUCCUGCUCGGGGAUUCCAGAAACCCACUGACUGGUCUCUGGGGAGCAGCCCUGCCACCAGGGGAGGGGGGCCGCGCAGUCACCCACGCUGCCGGCCACCUCCACGGCCCGGCCCGGGGCGCAGGUGCAGCGGUUUCAGCCAGCACCCCUUGUUUCAUUUCAUUUCUUAUAAAUUCAGGUUAAACGUUGCAAUAAUCUGAUGCAGAAAAUUCAGCCUCUCAAGGGAAGGGAAGGGGAAGUGGGCGGGUGGUGAGGUUCAUCGAGGCAACGUGGAAUAAAUACUAACUUAUUUAAGAACCAAGCUCAC